GGUGAAAUCUUACUUUGACAGUUUGAUUUGAAUUUUUUGUUAAUAAGUUUAAGAAAUGAUAAAGUUGGUGGAGAGAAUGGAAGUAUGCUGGUAAUAUGGACGCAAUAGCAAUGGGUGGAGUUAAAAGCAUUGGGAGCUGGAGGCAUCCAAUGAAGUUCUCACCAACAUAUAUAUACAAGUUGGGUAUACAGAAAGAAAGAGGGUUGUAAUUGGUGGAGAUGUAUAAGAAUCAGCUGCAAGAGCUGGCACAGCGGAGCUGCUUCAACCUUCCAUCCUACACCUGCAUCCGGGAAGGACCUGACCACGCACCCAGGUUCAAGGCCGUCGUCAACUUCAACGGAGAUUCCUUUGAAAGCCCUAACUAUUUCUCCACUCUCCGCCAGGCUGAGCACGCCGCCGCCGAGGUUGCGCUUUGCUCCCUUUCAUCCCAAUCCCUCGCCGCCAGGAUCCUCGAUGAAACCGGGGUUUACAAGAAUCUUUUACAAGAGAUUUCACAACGAGUGGGUGCGCCGUUGCCACGGUAUACAACUUACAGGUCUGGCCUUGGACACCUACCUGUUUUUACAGGUAUGGUGGAACUGGCUGGAAUCACAUUCACUGGUGAACAUGCCAAAAACAAGAAACAAGCAGAAAAAAAUGCUGCCAUGGCAGCUUGGUCAUCUUUGAAACAGUUGGCGAAGCAAGAUGCAAGUUCUUCGAGUGAACCAGAGAACAGUGAUGAACAGGAACAAAUUAGAAUCGCAAGGGCACUUUUGAACUACAGACUGAAGCAAAAGAUUGGAACAGCAAACUACAGUGACCUCCCAAUACCAUUUCAGAAGAAGUUCACGACACCCGCCCCACGCCCACCGAGCCCUCAGAGACCGCCAUUGACCACGUCUAAAAUACUUCCACUGUUCUACCGGAAGGCUGUGCCGCCUAUGACCACCCAGAACAGGCCCAUAUCUCCUGCACCACAUGAGCCAUCAUCCUCAUCAUCACCCCACCAAAACCAUCCCAUCCGCCCGCCACAUUUCCCUGCCGCUAGUCCAUCCCCUUACAUUUCCCUACCGCAGGUACACCGGUACAGGUUACCACACCAGGGACUUGCUCCACCGGUCACAAUGAGAACAGCAGUGCCAGUUUUCUCCGCACCACCAAUGCCGCCAUCGCCUAACCGCCAGGUGAUGCAACCUAGACCUGUAAAGAUUGCACCACCGAUCUGUAUAAGGCAAGCUGUGCCGGUUUUUUCUGCUCCUCCAGUUAAGAAAGACGAGCCUUCCAACAAAAACGAAUGCGAAGCUGUUAAAUGCCUGGACAAUCUGAAAUUAUGACGGUGAUAAUCGAUAUGGGUUUUCUUAAUGAUUGGUGUUGUGAAACCUCCUCAUUGAGGUAAUGAUCAUUUCUCCAAUGGCAUAUGUUCUAAAUAUAUUCAUGCACUUUGAAAACGAAAAGUUAAAACGAUUGGUGUACCAGUUGAGAUAGCACCAGAUGUAUCAAAUUUUGGUAAUGUAACAGUAGCUUUUCCUUCUA